AUGGAUACAUUUGAUCUUCGCGAACUUCUUAGACCAAUUGUUCAAUACCCUACUCCAAAAGAUCAGAAUCGUAUAAAGGUAGUGAUAACCACUAAUAAUGAAACAACAAAAUAUAUAUUAAGUGACUUGAAUAAGUCGGCGUCUUUAAGAGAAGUACGGCGAUGUUUAUCUACAAAUGGCGACGUUUUAAUGAGCAAGCAAGACUCCCAAUUUUGUAAUAAAUCAAAAGAUAAAAUACAAUUAGAAUGUGAGGACGAUUUUAAACUUGAAGAUAUUUUGAUUCCUGAGGAUGAUUUUUAUUCAGUAUAUAUAGAAAAAAAUUCAACAAAACCAAACUUUAUUAAACUUUCGCGCAGGCUUAGUUUAAAUAAGGGACGUAGAAAGAAAAGCAGUGAUGGUAGCAUAGUGAUAGCGAGUAAAUCGGCAUUCAGUAUAAAAAAUUCACACAUUAUGAACGUAACUGUUAAUGACAAUCUUAAACGUAUACAUGAAAAAACCAACGAAGAUUUUAAUAAAUUUUGGGAAAGAAGUUUUGAUCAUCAAGACAUAGUUCCUCCUUUAAAAUCAUCCGUUAAUUUGAAAAUCUAUGAUAUUAUAUAUUAUGAGAAGGGAUCGAUUCGAUUAUCACGUAAAGACUUAGAAGUAACAAAUGAGUAUGUUAAAGCUAUUACAGACGCAUUAGAUGAAGGUCAGAGUGAUGCAAAUAAAAAGGAUGCACUGAAUAAAGUCGGUGAAGAAUUUGGCUUUUUUUGGGCACAAGAAAUUAAACUUGGAGGAAAAUCUCAAAGCGCUCGACUUGCGAGUUCUACAAGUACCAAUAAAUAUAAAGCAGUUGGUGGAGAUAUUACAAAGUGUAAUGAUGAAGGUGAAUGGUUGGAGUCUCUAAGUUCUUAUGAAAGUUGGGUAAUUAUUGGACAUGACGAUAAAUUAUCACUCUAUGAAUUGUUGCCAGAAGGAUUAAAAUCAAGAAUAAAAAAUGUUAUUGGUAUGAAAGUACUUCAUUCAGAUAUCCUAAACAUUAAAAUGCCAGAAUCAAUUUAUCCUGUUCCUAAGCCAUCAAACAUUAUAACAUUUAAAAACCAUAAAAUAUUCGUUUCUAUAAUAAAUAAUACAAAUCGCAAGCAUUUAGAUAAUAAUGUGUUUGCAAUUCGCGUUGAUUACCAAAAUCCAGAAAGUCCAUACCUCAUAAUUCAUCAUCAUCUUGGUAUGGUCAUUGAAGAUUCAUCAUCGAUCAAUCUUUCGGUACCAUGGAUAAUUAUUGGUUAUAAUGAUAAGUUCCCAACUGAUGAAUUUUCCAAAACUUCUUGCAUUGAAAAUAUUAAACAUAUUUGGACAAAAGAUGGUACAGAUACAGAAAUAAAACUCCCAAAACCAAUUUAUAAAGAUUACUGUUGGAUAAGCACUUGUGUUUUAGAUUGUGAAGAAAAUCCUGGAUACGAAUUUGGAAUGUCAAAUAUAGUUAUUAGUCAUCAUUUUUGUCAAUCCGACAAUAUUAAAGUCAAAAUAUGCUGUAACCAACACGAUCUUUCAGAUGGUCCCAACUUGACCCCAUUGAUUUUUAAAAUUAACUGCGCUAUUGUUCUUGGUACAUCCGAUACUAACAAAUCGCAUCCUUUUAUUGUUAGUAUGGAUAAUCAUAAUUGGAGAGAAAGUUGGAGUUUCACGAAUCUAUUAAGACAGCACAAUAAUAAUAGCAUAUUCACUGGAAAUAGUUGGCACCUACCUGACAAUGAAAACUAUAUAUUCGCAAGCCCCCUUUAUUCAAGUUCUUCGGAAUCUCUUGGACCCUGCUGUUCUUUACUUUUAAAUAUUAAUCGUAAAUGCCCAAUAGUAAAGUCAUUUAAUGGUAAUCCCAAAUGUAUGGUCAGUUGUUUCCAAUACAGGAAUACCAAACCAUAG